CUGAUUCACAAAGAAGAAACUUCUGUCUGUUAAGUUCUCUGGAACAACUCAGAUAUGAUUCCUCACUUUAAUCGGGGAAUUUCUUCCUGAACCAAACUGCAAAAACAGAGGAUUUGAGUAGCACAUUUCACUUGCAAAAAACAGCAGCGUUUGUUCAUUUUGAGUGUUUUUGGACAGGAAAUUGAUUUACAGGGCAACAUUCACACAAAAAGGGAAGCAGUAUGGGACGGUGGCUUGUUAGUCCAAGUGAUUCUGUUUUGGAAAUUACGGGCGAGAAACCUUGGAGGAAGAACGGCAUUAAAGAUCAAAAGCACGAUGACUCCUGAUGAAAACAUCACCAAAUGAUGAACCCACGAGCAAAAAGGAAUUUCUACUUGGCGGCACCUGACUUGCUGGAUCCAAAAUCUGCCGCUCAGAACUCUAAACCGAGGCUCUCCUUUUCCACGAAACCCACCGUGCUUGCUUCCCGGGUGGAGAGUGACACAGCCAUUAAUGUUAUGAAAUGGAAGACGGUCUCCACGAUUUUCCUGGUGGUCGUGCUCUACCUGAUCAUCGGAGCCACCGUGUUCAAAGCGCUGGAGCAGCCCCAGGAGAUUUCCCAGAGGACCACCAUCGUGAUCCAGAAGCAGACCUUCAUCUCCCAGCACGCCUGCGUCAAUUCCUCCGAACUGGACGAGCUCAUCCAGCAAAUAGUGGCAGCAAUAAAUGCAGGGAUUAUACCCUUAGGAAACACCUCCAAUCAAAUCAGUCACUGGGAUUUGGGAAGCUCCUUCUUCUUUGCUGGCACUGUUAUUACAACCAUAGGAUUUGGAAACAUCUCACCACGUACAGAAGGCGGGAAAAUAUUCUGUAUCAUUUAUGCCUUACUGGGAAUUCCUCUCUUUGGUUUUCUGCUGGCUGGAGUUGGAGAUCAACUGGGGACCAUCUUUGGAAAGGGAAUUGCCAAAGUGGAAGACACGUUUACUAAAUGGAAUGUCAGUCAGACCAAGAUCCGCAUCAUCUCCACCAUCAUCUUCAUCCUGUUCGGCUGUGUUCUCUUUGUGGCCCUGCCUGCAAUCAUAUUUAAGCACAUCGAAGGCUGGAGUGCCCUGGAUGCCAUUUAUUUUGUGGUCAUCACCCUGACAACCAUUGGGUUUGGCGACUACGUAGCAGGUGGGUCCGAUAUUGAGUAUCUGGACUUCUACAAGCCUGUCGUGUGGUUCUGGAUCCUUGUAGGGCUGGCAUACUUCGCCGCUGUGCUGAGCAUGAUUGGAGACUGGCUCCGCGUGAUAUCCAAAAAGACAAAGGAAGAGGUAGGAGAGUUCAGGGCCCACGCUGCUGAGUGGACAGCCAACGUCACGGCUGAGUUCAAAGAAACCCGCAGGCGGCUGAGCGUGGAGAUCUAUGACAAGUUCCAGCGCGCCACUUCCAUCAAGAGGAAGCUGUCCGCAGAGCUGGCGGGGAACCACAACCAGGAGCUGACCCCGUGCAGGAGGACCCUGUCGGUGAACCACCUGACCAGCGAGAGGGAAGUCCUGCCUCCCUUACUGAAGACGGAGAGCAUCUACCUGAAUGGCUUGACGCCUCACUGUGCGAGCGAAGAGAUCGCAGUGAUUGAGAACAUGAAGUAGCCCUGUGUUCGAAAGACCCCUAGCCCUAGCCCUAGUGAGGACUUCUCCACGCGCUUUAUGACUGUUGCUGGUAGCCGUUUAAACAUUGUGCAUGAGCUCCAAAGGGAAGCCCAUAGAUACACCCAUCAUGGUCAUCGCCAUCAAGGGAAUCGGAAUCGUGAGCCGGCCCUCUCUCUCUGGGGUUGCUUGUGAGACGCUCUACUUCCUGGGACCAGUGGAAGGACCAGCGAGGUCUGAUGCCUUUCUGUGCCCAGGCUGUUUUCCUCCCCCUCCUCCCUAACAUGCCAGAAGGCCUCAGAGGGAAUUAGACUCGCUGUGGUAAUGAUGUAGCUUGGAAGGAUCAGUCCCCAACUUUUCAGGGUCCACCUAACUGAGCCUAGAUAUGGACCAUUUCUGGAUGACAACAUUUCUCUUUGUAAAUGGCAAGAAAUUCUUAUGCAGCCUUUUACCUAAGAAAUUUUCUGUCAGUGCCUUAUCUUAUGAAGAAACAGAACCUCUCUAGCUAAUGUGUGGUUCCCCUGCCCACCCCCUGUCCCUCGGCCCCAUGUCCACUCCUUUAGUCCUCUCCCGAGCUCUCGAGGUCCAGGCUGACUACCAUCCCUUGCUGGACACAGUAUGUCAAAGGACUGAAUCGAUGGUCCCCGAAGAAGGGAUAGAUGCCAAACUAGAAGGACAAUGAAGCAGCACUCAGAAACUAGUGAUAAAGGCACUGCAGAGAAAAGAGGUGCAAAGGUGGCCCCUCUGAGUAUUUAUUUGACUCAGGUACCAGCGGUACAUGUGUAUGGUGUAAUUAUUACCAAGCCGGUAACCUUGGCUGCCCAAAGACUGCCCCAUUUCUCCUGGCAGUGUUCGGAAUCUUAUCAUUUAUUAAUAACUAUACAUUUUUAAAAGUACAAGAAAGUUCAUAAAUUUAUAUAUAUAUAUAUAUAUAUAUAUGAUCUGAUGGAAGAAGACUGUUAACAAAUGGGCAUUAUGAGAGGGAAUCUCAAACAGCUGGUAUGAAUUCAUUCUCAUGAAAAGAAAAUAGCAAAGCUACGUGUCACAAGGAUUUGCUAAUAAACAUUAUACUGCCACCUUCUUUUGCUUUCUGAUGUCUGAAAGGCUAUGAUUUUCUUUUCCUGAGUGACUUUUGCCAAAUGAAGGGGAAGCCCUCGGGGCGGAGGGACAGUCCCAGCCUCCUGGGGUCACUUCGAGUUGUGACAAGGUGUGACACAAGCCGAAGCUGGGAUCACUGUGAUUUUGCACAUGGAAAAAAUACAGAUUGCAGGCAUAAUUCAUUUCUGGCAUUAGAGAAAAUGCGGUCAUAGCACAAUUUAAAUCUUGAGUCUUUUUUUAAGAUGGAAAAGACUGAUAAUCCUUUUUAGUUUAAUAUUAUAUCUUGUAAUAUAAUAUAAUCUUGUCCCCAAGAUCCGGAGAAAAUUCAGUAAAUGCACCCGGUAUAAUGUUACCCUUUCCCUUUAUUUUCCUACUUAGGUCUGCUGUACAUGGAUAAUUUUUAAAAUGCAGAAGGAAAAUGAUUUCUCUAAAUACAAUUACAAAACAGAGUUCUUUUACUUUUUUUUGAGAGCUGAAAUAGGAAUAUUUGAAGAAGUGGCAUUCAGAGGAGGGUCUUAAAAAAAUAAACCCAGAAUCUUUAAAAACAAAUCAAUAUAUGUUUAUUUUCCCAAAUUUAAAUUUAAGAUAAAAAUGUAAAUAGUUAACUUGUUGAAGGUACUUUUAUAAAUCAAAAAAUAAUGCUAACCAAAAUUUUAGAAUGUCAGGCUCUUUUAGAAAGAAAGCUACCCCACUUCCUUAAUAACUGUCUUGAAAGUUCAUAUGGUGGAAUGCACCAUUUAUAAACUGUGAAUUGUAUCGAUGAAUAAAGUUUGUAAUUAAAGUCAGCAUUUUCUGAGUGUCCUGCUUGCUGCUGAGAAUUUAGAUCUGAUUCUAGCUAAGUAGAGCUACAGGUUGCCACAUUUUCACACUGAAAUUUUUGUGGCUCUUUCAUUCAAAAUAUUCAAGAAAUAUUUUUGAUGUAGUAAUAAUACUCUUAGCAAAUACACACAAAGUAUUCUUUCUUUGGAGACUAUUUAUCAAAGGUAAAUACGCUGAAAUUCAUGUGUGAAAUACAAUUCUUGAAAUAACAUAUAAGCUCCAGAUUGUUUCCACCACACUAUGGUAUUUUUAUAUCGUAUUUUAUCAUUGUUAGACCUUGACAUAUCACUGCAGUAGCCCGAAUGCUGAACAUGAGCAGCUAAUUAUUUUUUAUUAGAAAAAUAAUGAAGCCUCCUAGUAGUCUAAAAGCUUAAAGCAGGCAGUUGCCAUCCAGUCUUCUAGGCCUUAUAUGUCAAACAUAUGAAUUAUUAAUCUUAUCUGUAUCCCACAUAAAUGUGUUGAUUCUUUCUUAAACAAUUCAGUACUCAGUAAAGAUCUGAACACUUGGCCCAGCAUACCCUCACUCAUGUAUUGCUUCAGUUAUAUUCUCAGGCUUUGUUUACUCUUAUGGGAAAAAUAUUGGUAAUGAUAUUGACAUAGCUUUGAAUUUUCUAGUGAGUUUAUUUUUCCAUCAGCCACUUGAAGAGUAACUAGCUUUGCCCUGAACAAAAACUAAAUAUUAAGCCCAGACAGACUUAGGAAUACCCUGAUCGGUGUUCUUAACAAUGGAUCCUAGGUAAUGCUCUUUAUCCAACCUUGAACUACUAAAGGUAAAAAUGGUUCUUCUGGAUUUCCUUCAUUAUUUUGCAAAGAUAUGUAUAUUUUCUUACACAGUUUAUGCCACAUAUAUUUUUUCCCAGUAAUAUCUCACCCAUUCAAUGAAGGAAAAAGAAAUUUCUGAAGCCAAAAGCAAACUGAAGAGUACGCAUCUUAGUCUUCCAAAAACAAAGAAAAAAAGGGAAAAAAAGCACAGUAAAGGAAAAAAGCAUUGCAUAGAGCUUUCCCCCCUUAAAUUCCACAAAACGUGACAUAUAAGAGAUAUCAAAUCCUGUAUAUGUCAAAUAAGGUUUAAUUCUUUGAUUCUUGAGUCUGAAAAUCCCAAAGACUAAAGGAAACUUCAGAUGGAAAACCCAAACCAAAUUUAGACACUCUGAAGACUUGAGAUUCCAUUUAUGCCUAAGAGCUAAAGGUCUAGAUGAGUUUUUGUGUCUUUCUUAUUUCUUUAUAGAUGUUAUGCUGUUCUCAUAAAAUCAUAAAUUAUUUGUGGUUUGCAUUUCUUAGCAAAGUGUGAGUAUAAAUUUGUUGCUGUGUAAAGAUGUCUCUAUUUGAAUCUCAUAACUAUUAAAGUUAAUAUAUGAUU